CGCAAAAGAAAAAUUUUCUGACAAUCUUGCAGUAUGUUAAAUUUGUGCUUGGUUAGCAGACGUAUAUUGAUUGUAUCACGUUACAAAUCCAAUACUUUAAGAUAAAAGAACAAGAGGAAGGAAAAAAAGAGAAUGUACACAUUGAGACAAUGUCUGCUGAUAAAAGAAAUAAUAAAAUAAAGGAAUCGAUGGCUGAACAAAUGACUGCAUUUUUAUCUCUAAUAUUUGCUGUCAUUUUGAUCUCCAUCAUUGCAAUUCCACAAGUGCUGCAAGCACUUUUCCGAUUGAUUUAUUGCAAUCGAAAGAAUCGAAAGAGUAUUCGUGGAAAAUUGGCAAUUGUGACUGGAGCAGAAAGGGAAAAUGAAUUGAUGAAAUUUAUUUCCCUCAAGUUGGCUGAUCUUGGAUGCAAUCUUGCUAUUGUUGGUGAUAAUAUUAAGGACGAAAAGGAAAUGAAUUUUAUAAAUGAUCUCAAAAAUAAGGAAGUGGAUGUAAAAUACUUUUCAGUAAGUUCUGGAAAUCUACAAGAAAUUGGUCGGAUUUAUCAGAGUUUAGUAACUGAAUUUGGAAAUAUUGACAUGCUGAUAAAUGUGCCAAAACUGAUUAAGAAUGAAGAAGUGUCACAACAGUCAGAAUCUAAAUUAACCACAGAAUUAAACAAUAAUUUUAACAGCACAAUGUUUUCAACACUUUCGAUAGUUGAUGUAAUGAGAAAUCAGAAGAACCAAGGUCAUAUUGUUACAAUCUCGCCGACAGCUGGAUUAUCGGUCAUACCAGAAAAAUAUCCAUUUUAUUCUGCAUUCUAUAGUUUUAUGAAAUCAAUACGAGGAUUUGUAGACUCAGCAAGAUUGGGUCAGAAAAUUCAAACUACAUUUAUUCUUCCUUGUUGCAUAACAAAUGGAAUGAUUUUCAGUGACUUCAUUAAUAAGUAUUUAAAUUUUUUGCCGAUGACUAGCCAAGCUGUAGCGGAUUGUGUUGUUGAUGCAAUUCUUAACAAUGAAGCUUUGAUUCAAGUACCGAGUAAUUUAACGAAUCUUUCAAGAUUAUUAAGAAAGCUGAUUUUUUAAGAACAAAAUUUUAAUUUCCUAUAUUUUAAGGAUUAAAAAUCUAGCACAAUUAAUAAAUAUCUGAGUUUUAUUAUAUUUCUUAAUAAAGCA